AUGCAUUUUAUCACAGGGAUUAGCUUGCCCUUGCAGAAGAAGUCGAAUAAUUAUAAGCAAGGUCCUUUUCACCAAAGGGCAAAAACUCGAAGGUGGCAAGGGGAGGCCCACUUUUCGUCAGAGCCUUGGCCCAUUGGUUUCCCAGACGCCCGGGCUAAUCCCGUUGCUAUGCCAACACCCCAAUUUGUUGAUGAGAACGGGUCUUACAUAGAUCGGGGACCCCAACCGUCAAUCGGCGAUACAAUCAUGAACUCCAACGCGCUGGGAACUGGUCGCCAUCGCCGUCAAAUCUCCACACCAGUUGCUCCAUUCCAGCCCGCGCCAGUCAUGACCAAUAUGCAACCCCGUCGGUCUCAUCGUCGAGGGCAGACUGUGGAUUACAGCUCUUUCAGUCAAAAGCCCACUAUGAACCGACACGUGCCGAAGACGGUCUCGCAGUUGCGAGAUUAUUUUAACGAAAAAUCAGGUUUCCCAUGUCAACAGAGGGAUGUACAGCAGUAUCAAACUUAUGCCCAGCAGCCCGAGCGGUCUUUCAUUCCAUCAGACAUGCACAUGCAGCAGCCGUAUCAAUAUCAACCUCACCAGUCGCUCGGGUCUGACUGCCAGGCUUUCAACCAAGAACAAUUGCAAGCGAUCCACACCACCACUGGCAGCCCUGCGCCCUCAUCUGUUGGUGCCCCGGCUUUGUCUCGAUCAGCCAGUGAAAGCUCCGAAAACACACCAUUGAAGCUUGCGCUGCACCGUAUGCAACAAGAACAGUUCUCGAACCAGCAACAGCAAGAAUUUAUUGGCAAUGCCGAUUGGGAAUUGUUUCCUCAGCGCAACAUGCCAAUGCUCCAAAACGAGCAGGUGACGGCCUAUGCCGGACCAAUGCACCCAGUCUCUGUUCAACCAAAGGCUCCUUCUGCGAAAAUCCUUUCGCAAAUGUCUACUGCUUACACAUCCCCCUUGACCCCCGACUCUACCCCAUUGAAAAGAUCUAUUGAUUAUUCCAUGUACAGCAAUGACCCAACACCUUCCAAGACCCAAAGUUUCUCAUUUCCCCAUACUCCUGUCACCGCUGAGAUGCAGAGAGCCCAGUCUUUGCAAGGAGUCCCCUAUGUCAACUCUGUGCAGAUUAAGCAGCAAAUGCCCUCCCCCGUCAAUUCUCCGAUUAGCGCGUCAUUCACCGAAGUGGCCGAUAUGCCAUCCCCGAGUUCAUAUGGAAUGACACCUCAAAAGUCCAAUGUCUCAAUCAAGUCUUCCACUGGCAGAACCAAAAAGCGAGCCCCAUCUUCUGUGUCAUCUCCCAUCGAGCUACCUGCUCACGACGACCUUGAUGCUCGAGUCAAGGCCUCAGUCCAGCAAACCGGCAUUUCGACCGACGAAAUUGCUAAGUUCAUCUCCGGCCCCGAUCCUAAAGAUGGAAAGUGGGUCUGUCUAUUUUCAGGCUGCCUUUGCCGCUUUGGUCGCAAGGAAAACAUCAAGUCCCACGUCCAAACACAUCUCGGCGACCGUCAAUUCAAAUGCGACAUUUGCGAAAAGCACUUCGUGCGCGGGCAUGAUCUCAAGCGUCAUCUGAAGACACACAGUGGCAAUAAGCCCUUCGCUUGUGCCUGUGGUGCCAGUUUUGCUAGACAGGAUGCCCUGACUCGUCACCGCCAGCGCGAUAUGUGUGUUGGAGGCUUCACUGGUGUGGUCCCAAAGACCACUAAGCGUGGCCGCCCCCCGAAGAAGAAGAACAGCCGCCCAGAUAUCGACACUCGGCAGGUCAAGUCCACCCGUACUCGUCAACGUGUCGCUGAAAAGUCCGCCUCAAUCUCUUCAGUCCAAGCCCAACCCACUCUGCAAGAUGCUCCCGUGUUCAACUCGCCCAACUAUGCCCCGUCCGCUGCCGUCUCGUCGUACACGCCGCCCGCCUCCCCGGGAAACAGAUACCACACAAUUUCCUCGCCAUGCCAGACCUAUAACUCCCUGGAUGCCCAGCUCGAGGAUGACAUGCUCCCCUUGUCACCACCCCAACUCGCUCACGCUAGAUACGAGCAGGCAAUGGCUCAGUACGGAUCAAAUUUCGGUUCCCAGACCUACUCGCAGGAAUCCACGUACUCGCAGGAAUCUCUCUACAGUGACUCUGCUCUCUCGCCUCGGGAGAUGUCUUCCCCUCGCUCGGCUCCCACUCUGGCCGAAUCAUCCGUCGGCUCGGAGAUCGAUAUCUUCAUGACGCAAGACCCUUCCGAGGACUUGCGAGAGGAGUUCGGUCAUCUCGCUCACUCGGGCCUCCCUGGUUUCCCACCUUAUCAGUUUGAUACAACCGACUUCGGCCCUGUCUCGUCCUAUUACCCUGAGAAGACCUUUUCUAGUCUUCCCCACCUGGACGAUGACCUGACGGACCCAAUCGACUGCUUGUCCAGCGAGUUCCUGGUGGACCCUUGA